GAAAGCAGGCAGGGCAUCCCCAGGGAGGGACGAGGGAGGGGACCAGCCGGCGAGACAGAAAAAGGGGGAAGGAGGAAGGAGAGGAGUACGGAGGGAGAGGUUCUCAGGGAAAAGCGAGGGGCAGAGCGGCUCCUGGGACCCAAGGGGCCGCCCCCGUCCGAUGCCAAGCAUCACCGAGGGGUGCUGAGUGGGUACAGCCGAGCGGAGCAGCUCUUGUGGUCUCCUCCCGGCUCUCAAGAUGAUGAAGAGGCAGUUCAAUCGGAUGCGGCAGCAGCUGUCCCAUCCCAACAUCACCAGCCGAGCCCAAGAAGCAACUGAGCUCCUGCCAGAGGAUUUGCUGCAGAUCGAGCAGAGGAUCGAGCCAGCCAAGCGAGCGGCUCACAGCGUGUCCAAGAGGCUCCAAGCCUGCCUGCAGGGGCAAUGCGGCUCCGAGAUGGACAAGCGAGUGAAGAAGCUGCCCUUGAUGGCUCUGUCCACGACGAUGGCUGAGAGCUUCAAGGAACUGGACACGGAGUCCAGCCUUGGGAAAGCUCUGGAGAUGGGCUGCUGCAUACAGAGCUCGCUGGCCAAAAUCCUGGCUGAGUUCGAGAUCGCCCUGGAGCAUGAUGUCCUGCAGCCACUCAACAAGCUCAGUGAGGAGGAGCUUCCUAUCAUCCUGAAGCGCAAGAAGACCCUCCAGAAGUUGAUCUCUGACUGGAACACCAUCAAGAGCCGGCUGAACCAAGCUGCCAAGAGCUCCAGUAACAGCACUGGCACUGGUGUUGGCCCGGGGGCGUCUUCUGCUGCCAACAAACUGGAGAUCUUGAAGGAAGAGGAGGAGGAGGUGAAGAGGAAGGUGGAGCAAUGCAAGGUGAGAACAUCACUUGCUCUGCACCCAUGGGGCAGCUCCAGGGCUGGAGACCUGUUCCUCUCCAGUGGCUCCAUCCAAGGUGACCACUGCACCAAGACAGAUGCAGCCAGCCAGCAUGUCCCUCAAGCAAACCAGUCCCUCAAGGAGACGCCCUAUGCCCAGGGGAAAAGAAGAGUAAAAGAUUCAAAGCACAAGCUGCUGCAGAGAGGAGGCUCCAGGGACUGGAGCAGGGAGCUUAUGGGGUUCCCCUGGGCUAGGAGCCAGCUGAGCUGGCUGGGGUCCAUGUUGGGUGGCAGAGGACCUUCACAUCAGUUUGCUCCACCUCUGUUCCUCUGGAAAGCCCUGCGCCUUGUCUGGCAGAGCCCAUGGGAUCACUGCAGCUGGAGGUUUUCCACUUGUGCCAGGAUCCUGAUCAUAGGGCAUUACUCAAAUGGGGUGGCAGAGCAAGGAGGAAUCCCCACAUGGCCCCAGUCUGUCCCCCUGGGUCCCAACCUCACUACUGCACCCCUGUCUGGGCAACUCACAGCCCAGGUGAAGGUGCUUUGUGAAGGUGUCCCCUCUUCCUUGGGUGCCAGGGAGGAGGGGGAAGGUUGCUUUUCUCUGCAUCUUCCUUCCCAGGAUGAGUACAUGGCUGACCUCUACCACUUCUCCACCAAAGAGGACAGCUACGCCAGCUACUUCAUCAGACUGCUGGAAAUCCAAGCCCAGUACCACCGGCAGUCCCUGGGAUCACUGGACUCGGCUCUGGCGGAGCUGAAGGAAAGCCACAGCCAGACAGAGCCCUCCUUCACUGCAGACACUCCAGUGGCGGGGUACUACGGUGUGCCCCUGGAGACACACCUCAAGAGCUUGAACCGGGAGAUCGCGCUGCCCAUCGAAGCCUGUGUCAUGAUGCUGCUGGCCUCCGGCAUGAGGGAGGAGGGACUUUUCCGGCUGGCGGCGGGAGCCUCGGUGCUGAGGAAGCUGAAGAGCAGCUUGGCCAGCGGCUCCAACGCCCUGGAGGAGUUUUACUCAGACCCCCACGCUGUGGCUGGUGCACUGAAGUCCUACCUGCGGGAGCUGCCCCAGCCUCUGAUGACCUCUGAGCUCUACGAUGAAUGGGUCAAAGUGGGCAGCUUAAAGGACAUUGAUGACCGUGUACAGAGCCUUCAAGACACCUGCAGCCGCCUGCCCCGGGACAGCUACAACAAUCUGAGGUACCUGAUCAAGUUUUUAGCCAAGCUGGCCGAGCACCAGGAGGUGAAUAAAAUGACCCCCAGCAACAUCGCCAUCGUGCUGGGCCCCAACCUGCUGUGGCCGCAGCAGAACACAGAAGACCCUGUGCAACUGGACUUGGCCUCGGUCUCCUCCAUCCAGGUGGUGGGCGUGGUGGAAGCCCUCAUCCAGAAUGCAGACACCCUCUUCCCCGGAGAGGUAGAUUUCAACGUCUCAGGCAUGUUCACGCCACCCGCAAACAGUGAACUUCGCAAGGCCACCCCAGUGGAAGACCCGUCCCCUGAGCCCCCUCCAGCCAGCACCCCGGCUCUCACGGAUGGAGAGGCCACCUCAAGGGACCCCGAGGCUAGGUCCCAGCCAGCAUCCCCACCAGUGACCAGACCACCUUCUGAAGCCACGGCACCACCAGCUUCACAGACGACCGAGGACACAGCCCGUAAAGGCAAGCGCCCGGCUCCAGCUCGACCCACCAUGCCGCCGCCACCCGUGGCCCAGCCCCGCAGCACGGCUCCCGCCCCGGCAGCCCCGGAGCACACCACCAGCCCCAAAGCCCGGCCGCGACGGACAGCCGGGGCACCCAGCCGAGCCCCUUCCGUCCCUCCGCCGCUGCCCCCCCAGCCGGCACCCCGCCACAGCCGAGACGCCCCACCAUCCCCCAGGCCUCCAGCCGGCGAGGCCGAGGCGGCAGCUGCCAUGGACUGUGCCCUAGGAGCCACAGAUGAGGGGCAGCCGCUGGCUGGGGGAGGAAGGAGCCCCACGGCCACGUCACCACCAGCACAGCCCACGGAGAACUGAGCAGGGCCAGGGGGAUGGUGCCCCUCUUCUCCCUCCAUCUUGUCCUCCCAUCUCCACAGAGCCUUCUUCCCCACAUCGCCAUGUCCCUGCCGGCGACCUGCGCUCCAGGCCCUGCCACCCCUAUGGGACUCAGCUCCUGGCCUAGGUCCCCCAUUGCGAACAAGCCACCCGCUGGGGUCCCUCCUGUGCCCAGGGAGCCAGAGGGGAUGAGGCAGGGAGGCUCCUGGGCUCUGCCAGCAGUCAUAGCGCCAUUUGCCGGCACGCAGCCGCCACCCCAGCUCCUUCUGCCCCGUUUUGCCAGAAAACAUGUUGCCCCCGGAACAGAGAGAGACAGAGUGAGUUACAC